UGGGCAUACGUACACGAUCAUGGCGAGUGCGGAGUAUCCAUUCGUUUUCUGCGCAUUAUUUCUCUCAAUAUCAACAUUUCUUGAUAACAAGCAUCUAGCCAAAGCUUUCUUGGAGCAUCACAAUCCGCAUGCUGCCAAACCCCACUUCCUUCCCCAUGAACACACCAGGAUACACAACGAUGCCUUGAGACAAGCCCAGAGCACUCUCUCCGUGGUCAUCGACCCCGCCAAACCCCAUCUCAGCUCCUUCGUCCGCAUCGUGAACCCCAUCGAAGUUUUCGACGGCGGUAAACACCUUGCUCACAUCGAGUACUCCUGCAGUGAUGGUGAUCUCAUUGCUGUUCAGAUGUUCCUCCAAUCGGACGACAUCCCGGAAAGCCCGCUGAGGGUUUUCCACCAUGAUUGGACGUGCAGUCGUUACGCGAGCGGCACGCGCAGAGCCUACGUGCUGCUGACGUUGCCCGAAUGGCUGACGUACCGGCCGGAUAACUUGCAACCACUUGCUUUCAACGUGAUCGGUCUGGAGCUGAAAGUAUGGAUCCUCAGCAAACGACAGAUCCUGAGCUGCGUCCAUUGGAACAAUUUGAAUUGUUAUGAGAAGGCUCAUGUCAAGGGUGUGUAUCCAGUGAAAGUCCUUCCAGUUUAUCAACGGCAAAGGAGGAAUUAUGAGGCCAAUAUGUGCUUGUCCUGGGAUGCCUGGAUAAAACUCAAGUAUUUCAACGAGGGAAAAGUGCUCAGGUGUGAAGUCGAAAAAGAGAUUGUGCAACUGGUGGAUUUUCCAGUGGCUUUCUCUGAUGCUAAUUCAGGGAUUACCAAGGACUUGCCUCCGUUCCAAGACAUCGGCUUGAUCAACAAGCAGCAGAGACACAGGUUCAACCCUCAAUUCACGAUAUCCACGCUGGUCUAUCUUCUUGAGCACUGCUGCUCUGAUCUGUGUAGCAUCAUGCAUCGUAAAAGCCAGACAAAUAAUAAUUACAUCACACCUUUACUCUUCCUCACCAGAAAAGGCUUAAUACACGUACAGGUGGUGCUUGAGAAUGGUCAGGCAUUUGGAAUGCUAAGCAACUAUCGGAUCCCAUUGAAGCAAUGGGUGCGUGUAGUCUACAAACAAGAUGGAAGCAAGUGGACCUUAUCAGUGAGCAGUGGACAGAACUUGACAAACGUGGUUGUGAGCGGCAGUAUGUUCCCCAAGCCGGUGCGGUAUGAGGAGGGGGAGGGGCUUAUCUAUCUGGGAGGGAGUAGUGUCUCUAAGGCAUUCCGGGGAUUCAUAGCGGAUACCUGGCUGUGGAGGACUACAGUGACUAAAAAGGAUCCACAUUUGAAUUCUUCAAGUCCUAUCCUGAUGGAUAGGAUCAGUUCUUACAUCACAAGCUGCGAUGCGCUACAGGAGAGAAUGCUGACUGUAUACGAGACGUAUCAGAGCCAACGGCUGUCGCUCAUUCCACAGAAUUCCUGCAGCAAUUCCCUGUCAUCACUUCUUCCGUCCUCAUCCCAUUCGUCAUCAUCAUCCGACAGUCAUCCACCGGUGUGCCAACCCUGGGAGAGACGUCCACCUAAGGGCUACAGACAUCUAUGGUCUGCACUCAAGACUGCUGCCUGGCGAAGCAAGUACUAUGAGAAGAGCUUUGAGUCCAUUGGUAGGAGGCUGCAUGAGAAAGCCCUACAGUAUCUGGCUGCUGGUGGUUUGUCAACAAUUCCAGUCAUCCUCCCCGUCCUCCGCCAGGCUAGUUGCUAUGGUAACCACAAAGCCUCCUAUAUGCUGGGCACGUUGUACGCCGGAGGAAUCAACGUCGAUGCGGACCAAAAUGAGGCAUAUUUAUAUUGGCUGGUUGCCGCACAGGCAGGGAACCGGUUAGCCAUGCUUGCAUUGGCCAAUCAUCAUUACCAAGGGCUGAACGCGGCAGCCAAAGAUUAUGACUUCUCGUACAAUUACUUGAAGAGGUUGGCAGAUCUGACAGUCAAAGAUCGAGAGAGACAUGAUGCUGAUGGGGUUUUGACGGAGUACGUGAGGUUGACAGACACCGACUCACUACAGGUGCACAAAGGAGAGGGUGGCGACCACUUCCUGUGGUUGAAGUACCAAGCAACCAAAGGCAUAGCACAGGCUCAGCUUGAUAUGGCCCGCAUACUAUUCUGGGGGCAGAGGGGCAUAGACCGGGACGUCCAGCAGGCCGUCGAUCUUUACCGAUUGUAUUUAAUGGAGAAUCCAUUGGAUGAGGUUGUGCAGUAUGACUAUGGGAUCAUUCAUCUACAGUUAUUAAUGCUCUCGCGUCAGGCUUCAAUAGCCCGACUGAAGUUUUGGGGCUCGGAAGGUGUCAAACGAGACAUGAAAACCGCCGUCAAAUAUUACGAAAAGUCGGUCAAAGAAAUGCCCCGGAAUCGGGUUGCUCUGUACGACUACGGCAUUGUCUUACUCAGGGUAAUCAGGCAUGCCAACGUUUCCUCAGAUCAGCUGAUUUCCUCGUUAUUCACCUCAAACUUAUGCGAUCCAAGAAUUCUUCCCAUCCCCUUGGGACAAGGGACAGAGAAAAAUGUAGAGAAGGCUCUGGAACACCUGAACAAGUCUGCAGAAUUGGGGCAUGCGCCGGCCUACACGGCACUCGGUUGGUACGCCAUCAAUUUCCAGCGAGACAUGAAAGCAGCCGCUAAGUACUUUGACAUCGCAGCCAGAAUGGGGCACAGGGACGCCAUGCACAACCUGGGUUAUAUGUACAAGUCUGGGCAGUACCCAGGCAAACCUGCAGAUGAGGCCAAGGCCCUGCUGUAUUUCCAGAAAGCUGCAGACCGUGGACACAUAGACUCUGCAGGAGUUGUAGCUGAGAUCUACAGCCAAGGAUCUACUGGUGUGGAACGCAGUAGCUAUAAAGCAGUCUUCUGGUCUCGCUUGGUAUGUGAGCAGAAUCCGGAGAUAGGGAUGGCAUUACGCAAAGGCCUGGACGCGUAUCUAGAAGGAUCGUGGGGUGAGAGUAUUGUGUACUACAUGAUGGUUGCUGAGACGGGCCUAGAGGUUGCUCAGUUCAACCUAGCACAUCUCUGUGAGGAGGACCAUGAUGGUCAAGUCUCAGCCUACGUCAGGACUGACUGUGUCUGGAAGUACUACAACCUGUCCAGCCAUGCUGCGCAACCACACGUUAUCUCCCAGCUGAAGAUGGGUGAUUUCUACUAUUAUGGACACCAUGGAGAUGAAGACAAGAGCAGCGCUGUGCGGUACUAUGCAAUGGCUGCCAAGAGACAUGAACCACAGGCUCAGUUCAAUCUUGCCUAUCUUGUGGAGGAAGGCACAGAGAUUGACACUACCGUCUGGAAGAGUCUUCGCGUUCCUAGUGAUGUCUACAACACAGAUGAUAAGACACAGCUUAUUAUGACACUAUACAGGAGGUGUCGAGACGGAGGUAACAAAGAUUCCUACCUGCCGUGUGGCCUGGCUUUGCUUCGAGUACAACUCUUGAAUCUAUGGGAAAACACACAUUAGCAGUCCAGGUGUCUAGUGCUUUGGUUGUGGGUAUUCUGACACUGUACUGCAUCAUGACAUGUCUCCAUCAUAUCAGGCGGGUAGGACGACACAGCGACACGCCCCCUCCGGCAUCAGCAUCAGGUCAAAGGUCAGAGGAAUGAGGUCAAGAGAAGGUCACAUGCCAAACCACAGGCGACAUCACAGACACUUUGACAGAUAGACGAGAAGUGCGCAGAGGAGGUUUAUAGUGCAGUGCAUUUCGGGACAUUGUGCAUUACAAAUUGGGGUAUGGGUGCGCAGGCUUUGUCUGAGCAGCUUAACGGGGGGGGGGG